AUUAAUACAGCUUUGCCAUCUCUGUUCGAAUUUACUGGCGCUCACAUAUAUAAAGUGAUCCCACCCAAACUUGAUCUGUGAAAGGCCCCUUGAUUAACUGCUCUGUGCACUGCUGUCCGCCCUCAACGUAACUUAUAAAAUAGAACCCUCUUCCGACAACCCCAUGGAAAUCUCCUCGGUUCUUCAAGGCGGAUACGCACACCCUCUCUCGCGGGAAUGGCAGGGGCGCAGAAAGAUCGACAAGUCCAUGCUCAUGUACCCCAUCUUCAUCACCGACGACCCGACCGCCAGCGUCGAGAUUGCGACGCUUCCCGGCCAGCGACGGUGGGGCGUUGACCGCCUCGAGGAAUUUCUCGGUCCCCUCGUCAAGAAAGGUCUCCGCAGCGUCAUCCUCUUCGGUGUCCCUCUCACGUGCGAGAAGGACGCGCGCGGCUCCCCAGCAGAUGACCCUGCCGGUCCCGUUAUCCUCGCCAUUCGCAAACUCCGAACGCUCUUCCCUGAUCUCUACAUCGCGACCGACGUCUGUCUCUGCGAGUACACCUCUCACGGUCACUGCGGUGUCCUCCACGCCGACGGCACCAUCAACUCGGAGCCCUCCGCGGAACGCGUCGCGGAGGUUGCCCUCGCCUACGCCAAAGCAGGCGCGCACUGCGUCGCGCCGAGCGACAUGAUGGACGGGCGCAUCCGCGCGAUCAAGCGCAAACUGAUCGAUGCUGGGCUGGGGAACAGGUGCUUGCUGAUGAGCUAUUCGGCCAAGUUUGCAAGUGGUCUCUACGGGCCUUUCAGAGAUGCGGCUGGUAGCGCGCCCUCGUAUGGCGAUCGCAAGUGCUACCAGCUUCCACCUACCGCCAAAGGCCUCGCACGCCGUGCCAUUCAACGCGACACUGAUGAGGGCGCCGACAUUAUCAUGGUCAAACCUGCCCUUCCAUACCUCGAUAUCCUCGCCGACGCUGCUCAACUGGCGCCCGACUACCCCCUCGCGGCUUACCAAGUUAGCGGCGAAUACGCGAUGGUCGUGGCUGGCGCCAGGGCAGGCGUGUACGACCUCCGCGCCAUGGCGUUCGAAACAACCGAGAGCAUAGUUCGCGCGGGCGCGACCCUCAUCUUGACUUACUUCACGCCGCAAUUCCUGGAUUGGUUGGAUGAGUAAGCUGUCUGUCUUUAUGGGUUAGAAAGGUCGAGCCUUUCUUCGGAUUGAACGGUCCAAAAUGAAAGUGUGACUCCAGAGUCCAGAUGCUGCUGUAACAUGGGGUAUGUACCAAUGAAUGAACGAAUGCCUGUCGGCUGCU